AUUACCCUUUGAGUGUCAACUUCCGGUUUCUACUGUUCCCUCUUACCGGAUCACUCUGACUUCUCUUUUUUACGAUCUACUGCAACCGAACACUCUUGAGAAGACGAGAUUUCUAGAUAGCAAGGAAGCUGUUUAUAAACAUAACCUGUGGUCUAAUAAUAUUGGCAGUAAAUACCGUGUAAACCACAUGACUGAGACUAGAUAUAUCUUUUUUAGCUGUAUAGUUUUUUACCAUUUCCCAGACGACAUUCUUUUUAAAUGGCGUUCAGACUCAGAGUUAAAUCAUUGGACUUGGAUCUGAAGGACCUUACACCACUUAUUUUCAUAUUGUCAUGCGUCAUAAGUGGUGUUAUUAGUGUGCAAGAUCACAAAAAUAAGGAGCCCAUCACGGUUACUGACGCUAACUGGACACGGACACUGGAAGGAGAAUGGAUGCUAGAGUUCAUGGCUCCCUGGUGUCCAGCGUGCAGAGCCUUCCAAGACGUGUGGGCAGAGUUUGCUGGUUGGGGAUAUGAUCUGGACAUCUCCGUAGGUGUGGUGGAUGUCACAGAAAACCCAGGUCUUAGUGGGCGUUUUUUGGUCACUUCGUUGCCAACUCUUUAUCAUGUGAAAGAUGGAGUCUUUCGUCACUACUAUGGUGGUCGCAAGACGACAGAUUUGAUUAGCCUUAUAGAUGAGAAGAAAUGGCGGGACAUUACGCCUGUGGCCUGGUACAGAGACCCCAACUCUUUUCUAAUGGGAAUAGUAGGUGCCUUCUUUAAAGCAGCCAUGUUCAUUCGGGGUGUGUACAACAGAAUGACGGAGGUGUAUGGCAUCCCGGAGUGGGCAUGCUAUUUGAUUUUUGCUAUAUUGACAAUUAUCACAGGAUUAUUAUUGGGCUUGUUGCUGGUCGUGUGUUGUGACAAUUUCUUCCCUGCCAAGUACAUUCCCCUGCCACCAGAACGUAUUGCUCACAAACCAAAGGAUGUUCCUAAG